AUGCCCACCAUCAGCGUAGACAAGGCUGAACUUUACAAGGCCUUGGGGCAAGAGUGCGGCUCUCCCCACAUUCAGAGAGAUUUUGCUAACAAUGCUUCAAGGUACACCACGGAGGAGUUCGAGACGUUAUGUUUCGAAUUUGGGAUUGAGCUGGACGAAGAUACCUCAAAUAUAGAACGGCCAAUCGUCAAUGGCAAACAAGAACCCCCGCAGCUCAAAAUCGAAAUCCCCGCGAACCGAUAUGAUAUGCUCUGCUUUGAAGGAAUUGCCCUUAUGCUGAACGUUUUCCGAGAAAAAACACCAUUCCCAAACUACAGACUCGUGGAGCCUAAGAACGGCAAGUUGGAAACGAUCACGGUGCACCCUGAUACUGCGAAAGUUCGUCCAUACGUUUCAGGGUCCAUUCUAAGGAAUAUCAAGUUCACACAAGAGAGUUAUGACUCGUUCAUAUCGUUGCAAGACAAAUUACAUCAGAAUCUCGCAAGGCAGCGGACCCUCGUUGCAAUCGGUACCCACGAUCUCGACACAAUCCAAGGUCCUUUCACAUACGAGGCUUUACCUCCAAAAUACAUUAAGUUUGCGCCAUUGAACCAAACUACGGUAAUGAGCGCCGAAGAAUUGAUGCAGCAUUAUGAGAAUGAUAAGCAUCUUGGUAGAUAUCUGCACAUCAUCCGUGACAAGCCAGUAUAUCCAGUGAUUUACGAUUCUCAGCGCAGAGUGUGUUCGAUGCCUCCCAUCAUUAAUGGUAAUCAUUCUAAGAUUUCUCUUAAUACCACCAAUGUCUUCAUCGAGAUGACCGGGACCGACCGAACAAAGCUGGAGAUUGUCAACAAUAUCAUUGUUGCUAUGUUCUCGCAAUACUGCGCCGAACCCUUCACAAUCGAGCCAGUCCAGAUUGUCUCAGACCACAACGGAGAGACCAGACAAACCCCAAAUAUCAGCCCCAGAAAGGCAGAAGCAGAAAUUGAUUAUAUCAAUAACUGCUGUGGUCUUUCCGAAUCACCUGAAUCUAUCUGCAAGCUACUGCAAAAAAUGUGCUUAUCGGCUACUCCAUCAACCUCUGACAAGAACAUUCUUGAUGUCUCCAUUCCACCUACCCGAGCUGAUGUCCUUCAUCAGUGCGAUAUCAUGGAAGACGUCGCUAUUGGGUACGGUUUCAAUAAUCUCCCCCGCACUUCUCCCAAUAAGUCCUCAACCAUCGCACAGCCUCUGUUAGUCAACAAGCUGGGUGAUAUUGUCCGCAUGGAGGCAGCUAUGGCCGGUUGGAGUGAAGUUAUGCCUCUUAUUCUCUGCUCGCAUGACGAGAACUUUGCUUGGCUAAAUCGAAAGGAUGAUGGUACCACCGCUGUCCGGCUUGCUAAUCCCAAAACGGCCGAGUACCAAAUUGUGCGCACUUCUUUGCUCCCCGGUCUGUUAAAAACGGUUCGAGAAAACAAGAAGCACUCGGUACCUAUCAAAGUUUUCGAGGUCUCGGACGUAGCUUUCAAGGACCUUUCUCUUGAGCGCAAGUCUCGCAAUGAACGCCACUUUGCUGCUGCUUGGUAUGGUAAGUCCUCGGGCUUUGAGAUCGUUCACGGCUUGCUAGAUCGUGUUCUCCUCAUGCUCAAGACAGCUUUCCUUACCAAUGAAGAAGGAUUGGAAGCAAGAAAGGGGCUUAAUUAUGAAGUGAGAGAGGACCAUACCAAGGUAGACGGUUACUGGAUCGAAGAAAUCAACGAGGAAACUUUCUUCCAGGGUCACGCAGCUGCUAUCUUUUUGCGUGUUGACGGAAAGGCUGUUCGUAUUGGAGAAUUUGGCAUUCUACAUCCUACGGUACUUGAGAAAUUUGAGCUGAGAUACCCUGUGAGCACACUCGAAAUCAAUCUGGAGGUUUUCUUGUGA